AUGUCAUUCAACAACCACCAAGCAUCAUCCUCCACUCAUGGUCGUCGCCCAGGGCGUCCACUUGGCUCCAAGAACAAACCCAAGAUGCCUAUCAUAGAAAAACAUGACAAUCCUAAUGCAUUAAAUUCCCAUGUCCUUGAGAUCACUUCUGGAUCUGACGUGUCACAAAGUCUCUUUGAUUAUGUUCAUCGUAAAGGGAGGGGAAUCAAUAUCCUCUGUGGAAAUGGAAUAGUGACGCAUGUUAGGCUUCUUCAAUCCCCAGGAAAUGUUGUAUUCCUUCAAGGAAGUUUUGAGAUACUUUCAAUAUCAGGAACUGUUAUUCCUUCGGAAACAAUACCGAGUGCAGGAGGAUUGGUAGUUUAUUUAAUGGGAAAAUCGGGAGAGGUGAUUGGGGGGAGUGUCAUGUCCCCUCUAGUUGCUUCGGGUUCAGUGACUUUGAUGGCUUCUUCUUUUGCAAGCACUGCAUCUGAAAAGAUUCCUUUAGUUACCACUCAUUUUAUAGAGAAUGAGCCAUCAUGCCUUAAUGGAGAUAGACAUGUGACUAAAGCUGAUAGUGGCUUCGCUUCGUCAAUGCUGGAGAAUCAACAUUCCAAAUGA